AUUGCUUGCUGUGGCUUGACGAGACUUGUUAUGUUGUAAGGCUCACAGAAGCAGGGAGUGAAAAGGUAGCUAGCACGCGCAAAACGUGGACUAAAGUCUUUCUCCAACAAGACCGCUGCAACCUACACAACAAUCUCCCAUACACAUCUUAGCAGUCAUGUCAGUUCGAAAUCGCGUAAAGGCAGAGGUGCCUGUCUCCUCGAUGUCCUCACCUUACUCAGCAUCUUCUCCGAACGGCAACCUGAACCGCCAACAAAACGCGCAAUCAUCACCAUGGUAUCCUACCUUCCUCGAGGCCAUUCUACUGGCAAUCUACCCCUUCACUCUCGUACUGGGCUCGCUAUUCAGCGUCCUCAACACGACGACGCGCAACACACCCUACAGCGGUGACCUCCAGUCCCACCCUCCCUCGAUCGCUCCCUCAUACUUCGCUCUCAAGUCAAACGUCUUCAACGUCUACUUUGUCAAGAUCGGCUGGUUCUGGAUCACAGGCGCCUUCUUCCUCUUCUGCUUCACCCACAGCUCCCUAGGCCCUCGCUUCAAGCCCACUCUCACUGCCCGCCGCGCUCGCGCCCUCAUCCGCUACACAGCUGUCACGGCAGUCUGGUGCGCUGUCACCCAGUGGUUCUUCGGCCCUCCCAUCAUCGACCGCGGUUUUAGACUCACCGGCGGUCAAUGCGCCAUCAUCUACAAUGACGACCCUAUCAACAACGCAAAGCAAAAUCAGAUGAGCGAUACCAGAGAAAUCUUCACUCACGCUGCUUGCAAGGUUGCUGGUGGCUCUUGGAGAGGUGGUCACGAUAUCAGUGGUCACGUCUUCAUCUUGAUCCUCGGAUCUGCCAUGCUGUGGUUGGAGAUCCUGCCCGACGUUCUCAGAAAUGGAGGUCUGCGUGAGGACCGUCGCAUUCGUAUGCACGAUGGUGCUGUCAAGACUGCCGCUGUGGAGACACACGAUGAGAAGGGCAAUGUACAUGUUCCCAGCGAGUUGGGCUUGGGCGUUAGAGUCGCAUUGUGCAUUGCAGGUUUGAGCUGGUGGAUGCUGCUCAUGACUGCUGCUUACUUCCACACCUGGCUGGAGAAGUUCACCGGCUUCCUUGUCGCUUUCGGCGUCAUCUAUGCCGUCUACUUUGUUCCUAGAGGUGUCCCCGCUCUGAGAAGCAUUCUGGGUAUGCCCGGUGUAUAAGCAUGAGGGACAAACAGUACGGACAAACAUCAUGUACACAGCCCUUCUCGCACCCCAGCAUUUUUGAAGAUUAUGAAAAAGAAAGAAACG